GGCUGUGCAGAAGGCGGACAGCGCGGUGCGGGCCGCCCGUCCCCGCCGCGGGACGCGGUUCCGUGAGGCAGGACGGGGCUCCGUGAGGCGGGACGGGGUUCCGUGAGGAGAGACGGGGCUCCGUGAGGAGAGACGGGGCUCCGUGAGGAGAGACGGGGCUCUAUGAGGAAAGACACGGCUCCUAAGGAGUGACGCGGCUCCGUGAGGCGAGACGCUGCUCCGUGAGGAGGGACGGGGCUCCGUGAGGAGAGACGGGGCUCCGUGAAGAGGGACGGGGCUCCAUGAGGAGAUUCACGGCUCCGUGAGGAGACACGGGGCUCCGUGAGGAGAGACACGGGGCUCCGUGAGGAGAGACACGGCUCCGUGAGGAGAGACACGGCUCCGUGAGGAGAGACGGGGCUCUAUGAGGAAAGACACGGCUCCUAAGGAGUGACGCGGCUCCGUGAGGCGAGACGCUGCUCCGUGAGGAGGGACGGGGCUCCGUGAGGCGGGACGGAGUUCCGUGAGGAGGGACGGGGCUCCGUGAGGCGGAGCACUCGGGAGUCGGCUCCCGGUGAGAGGGACGCAGCCCCCGCCCAGCCGGGCAGCGCCAGGGACGAUGCUUCCCCUGUGGAAGGCCAUUCUCUCGGAGAUUGUCCUGGGCUACAUUUCUUGGUCUCUUUACCAUGCACUGCCACCAAUGAUCUACUACUUCCCCCUCCAGACACUGGCACUUACAGGCCUAGAAGUUUUUGCCAUUGCCUUCUUUUCCCCGAUAUUCUUGACAAUUGGCCCUUUUUGGAGGUUGGCUAACAAUGAGUAUGUCCUAGCCUUUCUGAGAUUGACUAUGGUUGGAAGCUUGGCAUCAUAUCAUGCACCAAAUGCUCCAAUUAGACUACUUAUCUUGGCUGCAGGUGUUUCUUCUUCAUUGCUGGUUCAAACAGUAACAUGGUGGUCAGGAAACAGUUUACAAAGGUUCAUCAGGAUAUGGGGCUUCAUUCUAGGCAAGAUAAUGCUCCUUGUUCUUCGUAUCUGGUACACAUCAAUUAAUCCAGUCUGGAGCUCACAACCUGCCAAUACUAUCAUACUGACAAUUGGUUUUGUAGCAGCAAUGGAGCAAGUUCAUUCAGGUGGAGACAAGAGGAAACAAGAAACAAACAAAAUUGGUAAUGUCUUUAGAGAGACUGUUUCCCAUCCUCAUUGGUUUUUAUCAGGGAUUGCUUUUGGCAGCCUCAUGUUCCUCACUCUGUGGAUAUUUGGGGAGGUUUCUUUAAUUUCUAGAUGGGCAGUAAGUGGACAUCCACAUACAGGUCCAGAUCCUAAUCCAUUUGGAGGUACAGUUCUCUUGGGCCUUGCUCAUGGACUGAUGCUUUCGUUUUGGAGCUGGUCUUCUGUCGUCAGUUUUGCCUUGUUUCUCAUAGGUUUGGCAUCAUCAGCUGGUCUCCUUUAUUUGCAUACCUGGAGUGCUGCUGUUGCAGGCAGUAUUCUUGGUAUCUUUACUAUGUGUGUGUGGCCUCAACUAGCUGGACACUUUGUCAGCUGUCUGCAUCCUGGGAAAGCCAUGAGUACAGCCAUGUUUGCCUAUGUUCUUGAAUUAUUCUUCUGUGUAUGGUGUACGGCUUACAAAUUUGUACCUGGAGGAGUUUACAUUAGAGAAAGCUCCCAUCUUCUUCUAGGUUUUAUAAUGUUAUGUAUUGGGGUAGGCUUUCUAACAGGACCCAAGAAAGACCUUAGCUCUGUCUUUGAAGUGAAAAGCAAUCAAAAACCAUUCUUCAAAAGGAGUAAAAGCUAUAUUAAACUACUAUUGUGGCUGUUUGUUGGUGUGGGUUUGCUUGGAUUGGGUUUACGUUAUAAAACUUACCAGAAGAAGUUGGGCCAAGGGGUUCCCAAAAGAGAUUUCUCUGCUCUGAUCUGGCCUUUUAGAUUUGGAUAUGACAAUGAAGGAUGGUCUAAUUUGGAAGGAUCAGCUAAUUUGCUCAAUCAGACAGAAGCAGAUUUUAUCACUAUUAUAGAGAGUGAUGCCUCUAAACCAUUCAUUGGAAACCAUGAUCCAACAAUGUGGCUAGGAGAAAGACUGGGAUUUUAUACAGAUUUUGGUCCAAGUACAAGAGAUCACACUUGGGGGAUUAUGGCACUAUCCAGGUAUCCAAUUGUAAAAUCAACCCAUCACCUCCUCCCAUCUCCAGAGGGAGAGAUUGCACCUGCCAUCUCCCUGACUGUCAACUUCACAGGGAAGCUGGUUGAUUUUGUUGUCGCUCACUUCGGAAAUGAAGAAGAGGACUUGGACAGAAAACUCCAAGCAAUAGCUGUUUCAAACCUAUUGAAGACUAGCUCUAAGCAAGUUGUAUUUCUAGGAUACAUCACUUCAGCUCCUGGAUCCAGAGACUAUACUGAAUUAAUAAAAAACGGAAAUGUGCAGGAUAUUGACAGCACAGAUCGGGACAGAUGGUGUAGCUAUAUUAUGUAUCGUGGAGUAAUAAGGCUGGGUUAUGCCCGCAUAUCUCAUGCAGGUUUAAGUGAUUCAGAAAUCCAGAUGGCCAAAUUUAGAAUCCCAGAUCAUGUGGAUAGUUAUGUUGACAAUGACAGAAUUGUCACUGAUCCCAGCCAAGUUCCUGAGGACAUCCACUUCAAUCCCAGGUUUGGAUCUUAUAAAGAUGGACAUAAUUAUGUGCCUAUUCAUCACUUUCAUAUGAGCACUCCUAAAUAUUUUAAACGGACGAAUUAGAGCAAGAAAAUAAAAUAUUAUUAAGACCAUCGAGAAAGGUUUGUUGUUUGAAACUGAAUUGGCAGCCAAAAAGACUGCAUUGUUCAAGGAUGAGCAACUCCCAUGCUGCACAACACUGUGAAUGUCUAUGUAAUAGUUGGUGACUUUCUUCUUUAAUGAGCUGCCAUCACUGUUAGGGAGGGAAGAUGUGUGCAUUUUGAUAAACUGGUAUCUACCUUGGCCAGAUACCUGCUUUGUAUGCAAAAAAGCAAGGGUGGGAGCUUGCUUUGGCAAAAACUUCUUCAGCUUUUGUGGAGGUAUCAUACACCGUGAAGUUUCAGAGUGCUAUUGCUGUUAUUGCACUAAAAAGCUUGGCCUUAGGUUUUUCAAAAUAAGAAUGGAAUCAGUGUAUAUUUCCUAAUUGGAAGUUAUGCAGUAGGUAUAUGUUUGAAGUGUGUACAUUUUCAACUCUAACAGUAUUUAUAUGUGCUGCUGUUCUACAUUUUAUUCUUAAAUGAGUUUUACAACAAUUUGCAGAUAAUUGAUGUUCAUAAUACUGGAGAAAAAGAGGUGACUUUUAUAGACUUAAUUUUAUUAACUGGACAUUAGAUACUUCAAUGCUUUUACAAAGGGAAUAGUACCUCUGAAUAAUGAUGGUUAUGAGACACCUACAUGAACAUUCUGACAAAUAAUUAAAAGCAGUCAUGCUUAACAAGGUUUCUGAGAGGGGAAAAAAGUUGCUUGUAACUUUUAUUUAAAAUUAACCAUAAUAAAGGAAAAAAAAAAAAAAAGAAAAAUGCUUUGUUUCUUUGCUAGUGCUACACUUCCGUAGGACUAGAUAGACUAAAUAGAGAUGUUGCUUUCUUGACCUAGGCAGUGAAUUCUGUUUUGCAAUGCACGUGUGACACAAUGUAAAAUGUUGUGUCUUCUCAGAGUUUCUUGGCACUGUCUUAUAUUUAGCUCCUGAUCCUUCAGUAUAGAUGCAGAGCUUCCCUUUAACAAUGAGGGCAUUUUCAGUGUUGUCCAAAGGAUGUUUCCUGCUUGUGAGAAACCUGUUAGAUAAUUUAAGUGAUGCAUUCAGUUUGGAAACCACAUCUGUGAUGUUGGUAUUUAAUACUGUGUGUCUUUCCAGUAAUAUCUAAGCAUACCAUAACUUAAAGGAAUAGGUUAUGUUGCAGGAAGAGGGUGGAUUUUUUUUCUCCCUUUAAUUUUUCACCAUAUACUUCUAAGAACAGCUUGAGCGUACUCAAUUUUAUUGUUUCUCCAUGUAAGCAAAUAAAGGAUGUGUUUUUACCCCAGGUUUCUUGUUCUGUGGAGUCAGGUAAUUGCUGCCAGCACCACACUUGUCACUUUAUUCUGGUCAUCUGUCAUUUUGCUCCCUUGUUUUUAGAGAUGUGUUUCUGAGAGUGAAAUUGAUCACUGGUCUUUGUGGACGGAGGAUAUCUGAAAGGCAUUUAAAAAUCUCAGUGGUUAUGUAUUCAUUAUCUCAGAUAUUACGGACCAUUAACCAGCCAUUGUUGAACUAAUUUCUUACCUGUGGGUGCUUAGUGUGCCUUUACAAGCCCUCUGAAUUUAUGUUGUGGAGUGAUACAAAUUAUUUUCUUGCAUUUCUAGCAGUUUUUUUCUGCAAACAUCGGUAGUCCUGCUCUCUUUUUUCACCCAGCUUGAAAAAGCAGCUGGCACUGGCACCGUGUCACAGUGCUCUGAGUAUCCUCAUUUAUUUUCAGCAUGCUCUCAUGCUAGCUCUAAUGCACAUCCAGCCAUAGGUUUGCUUUUUCAUAGUCUGUAGAAUACAUAACAAUAUCUUGCCACAUUACUUAACAUUCUCCACAGGCUGACUCUGCAAAUACCUUGCAAUGUGAGCAGUUUGUUAAUGUGAAAUGCAAGAAAUGAUACAUAUAAGUACAAAAAGCUUGAAAACUCCUAAUUUUUUAACAAUUAUAAAAUAGGAUGAGGAUAUUUUUCAAGAAGCCAGAUAGCAUAACAUGACUUGCAUAACAUAUCCAUUUAUAAAUCAUAUCUGUAUGUAAUCUUCAAAGUCUCUGAGCAUACUUUGAUGGAUUUUUUACAGGAUUUAGACAUGCUCACCCCAUUAGGAAAGUUCAUGUUGACAGUAAAAAAAUCUAAACUUUGAAUAUUUUAUUCCUCUAAGUAGCCUGUGUAGUUCAAUGUAUGUAAUUAGUAGCUAAUAUUUGUUGACAUUUGCAUUAUUUUAUCAGAAUGAUUAAGAAAAAACAUGACCACAAACUGUUUUUCUACUUCUACUACUGUGUUUAGGAUUGGGAAGCUAAAACUAAACUUUAUUUGUCCUUACAUCUAUACACUGAUCUAAUCCCAGUGGUUUAGAAAAAUGUGCAUUAUAUAUCUAAGUCACAACUACUG